AUGCCGGGCAUUCUACCCAUGAAGGUCAUCAAGGUGGGCGCGAAUGCGCAGACGAGGAUCGCGCAGGCUUGUGACAGAUGCCGUAGUAAGAAGAUCAGAUGUGAUGGCAUUCGGCCGUGCUGCACACAAUGUGCGAACGUGAGCUUCGAAUGUAAGACCAGCGAUAAGCUGAGUCGCCGUGCGUUUCCGAGAGGUUACACGGAAUCAUUGGAGGAGAGAGUGCGCAGCCUGGAAUCCGAAGUCAGAGAACUGAAGGAGCUGCUGGACGAGAAGGACGAGAAGAUUGACUUGCUUUCCAGGCUGCAUUCGCAGUCUUCUCGGCCACUACAGCUGCCCUCACCUCGACGCACAUCAGCAGCGUCAGAAGAAUCGAAAGACGGCAAGGAUGACAAUGGAGAAAAGGAUGAAGUCUUCAAAGUGCAUCAAUCGCCAAACCUGCUUGCUGGGGCCGGUGAUGGCGCCGAUUCGUACUUCACCGGCACAUCCAGCGGACGGACGUUUAUUGAAGCAUUCAAGCACAGAGUGCAAGAAGGCGGCCGCUCAACUGCGGACAUCAACACUAACCUUCUCUUAGCGAGCAGUGUGCGCAAGCUGACCGACUCGCUGCCGACACCUCCAUCUCCGGUGGUCUUCAAGGCACCACCGCGUCUCGUGUCGGACCAACUCAUCAAUAUCUUCUUUCAGGAGUGGGCGCCGCUAUUUCCGGUGCUUCAUCGUCCGACAUUCUUAGCAUUGUACGAGAAGUAUGUAGCGGAUGCUGAAGCCGUCACGGACAAGACUGCCAUUGCGCAGCUCAAUCUUGUGUUCGGCAUUGCUACUCUGUCCAAUGGCACACGUACGUCACCGGAUCUGGAGAGCUUCCAAAGUCAGUGGAAGGCUGCGAUCGAUGAAACGUUGACGGAGAACACUAUGGGCACGUUGCAAGCGCUUGUGCUUGCGCAGAUCUAUUGCGUGCAGCAGGGUGAUUUGACUAGGCUGCUGACGUACAAAGGCUUGUCCACAACCUUGUCCGCUCGCCUCGGUCUGCAUCAGUCACAGAAACGUUUUGCACUUGGCACGUUGACUUGCGAGACAAGGAAGAAGGUGUUCUGGACUUUGUACACUGUCGACAGCUUCACCGCUGUCGUUCUUGGCCUCCCCAAGCAGCUCAAGGACGACGAUGUUCAGUGCGAGUACCCCGUCGAUGCCGACGACGAGUACGUGACUGAGCGCGGCUUUCAGCCCACCUUGCCGGGCGAGUCGACGAAGCUGUCGAGUGCGCUUGCCCUCUUCCGUGCAUCCCGCAUUCUCUCGAAAGUGCUCGAGGAGGUGUUCCCAGCUAAGACAUCUUACGAACUGUCCCUCAAGAAGCUCGCCGAUCUUUCUGACGAACUUGACGCAUGGCAGAAAGCUCUGCCACCCCAUCUGAGGUUGCAGUUUGCGCAAGACAAGCCAAGCACAGGUACCAUUAGCAGCCGUUCACCUCUACUUUCAAUGACGUACCACUACGUCCGCGCCCUUAUCCAGCGACCUGCUGUCUGCGCAUUGCUUGGAAGCGCCUCUUCCUCUUCGAUGCUGACCCUGGCCAGCUCAUGCAAGCAUAUGCUUCAGAUCGUAUUGCUUCUGGAAGAGCGCGGCAUGCGCUUUACCUUCUGUCUCAACCGAGAUGAGAUGCUCGUCCUCUCCGGUUUCGGACUUCUCUUCCAAGGCCUGAACCUCGAGCCCACGUCGAAGAUUCUUAAGGACAACCAGAAAACGAUCAAGAGCAUCAUCAGCAUUCUGGACAAGUCGAAGGCACCAUGUGCGCCCGAGUUCAGCCGUGUGGCGCGAUCCUUCCUUCCGACCUUGUCUCCUGCACCGCUACCAGCACCGAAGGCUCCGCAGUCGGCGCCACCAACUGUAAAGCCCUUACCGAAGCCAACCGUACCGGAGAUGUCGCGCCACAACUCUGACAUCGCCGUCACAAUCAAUCCACACCCGAGCUUGCCAGCAUCUACCCGGAAACAGCUCAAGGCUAUUGCCGCUCGCUUCACGAACAACAAUGCCACCCUGAAGCCGCCUAGGCUCGGUGUAACAGCUGACCAUCGAAGGGCGACCGUACACAACAUCAGCUUGCACCCUUACGGCGUGCCCUCUCAAAGCCAGCCAUCUCUGCAACCUACGGUCUCAGCCGACGUGGCGUUGUACAAUCCUGCGUCAACAUCCCGUUCUGAGCCCUCCCGCAGCCCGGGCCAGGCUAACUUGUACCCCCGGCCGGCCAGUGCUGUCGUCCGGCCCUCGGCGCCACCUCAGCCUCAAGCGUCACAGCGUCUCAAGUCCAAGCCAAGAGUCGAGGACAGGAGGCUCCCGAACCUCGACUACCUCUCCUUUGCCAACGACAAUGAAGGUCAGCCCGCAGAUGCUCAAAGUUCUCGACCUGUCAAGGCUGAGCCUCAGCCUACCGACUGGGAGAAGCUGCUCGGGAGCCUUGACAACGGCACAACGAACAUAUACGACGCUUGCUACGGCGGCCAACCUGUAGAAGCACUGCUCGACUCACCGGCACUGGGGAUGCAACAGUACAACCAUUCGACAACCGCUGUCAGCGAUACAUCAUCAAACUCACAGAACCUAUGGACCAACGCUGCAGCUACUGCGGAUCUCUGGGCGUUGUGUCAGACAGAGACGAACACGAGCAGCGCAACGUCAGGCGGAUUCACUACAAGUACGGGCCAGGCGGACAGCAUAUUCUCUUUCACCUCGGAUGAAGGGCAUACGAGUUCCGACGAUCUGACCGCGACGGAGCUGGGUGCCGAGUGGGCCGCUACUGACGGAAACGACAACGGCUCGAAUGAUUGUUUCAAAGGGAUUGUAAUGCCGGCCGACAUUGGUUCGGGCGAUGACUGGGAAUUUGGAAAUACUUGGCUGUUGAAAUGA